AUGUGUGACCCAUCCAAGUGCAGCCCUUGCUGCCCAUCCAAGUGCAGUCCCUGCUGCCCAUCCAAGUGCAGCCCCUGCUGUGCAGCCAAAUGCAGCUGUUGUCCAAAAUGUAGCCCCUGUGGCUGCCCCCCAAGGAGCUGCUGUGUUCAGCCCAAGUGCUGCUGUCUGGAACCCAAACCUGAGUGCACCUGUCUGAACAAGGACUCUGAUUCAUCUCAGCAUUCUCAGAGCGAUUCCCAAGGUUCAAAACAAGAAAAGUCACUCUUUGGGGGAUCCAAGAAGUAG